AUACUAGUCAAUACAACCCCAUACGACGUUCCCAUUUAUUCUCCAAGAUCAAAGCCAUGGCUGAGAGUAAACUCCUUCCCCAGGAUGAUGACCAAGGUUCCCUGCUCUCCAGACUUGGCACAGAUAGCCCUAAACCAAGGGUGAAGUUCGGAGGCAUGUUCUGUAAUAUCGAAGGGGCUUUUGAGAACAAAACAUUGAAUUUUGAGUCGUACAGUCCCAACUCUGCGAGGAGGAAUCCCAAGGCACGCGUGGAUGACCAGAGAGAUCGUUUCAGCGAUACUUCGAGCGUGAGCGACUUUUCCAGCGCCAGUCAAGCGCCUCUGAGACGAGCAGAGGUACCGCACACCCCGUCCUGCAGAUCAAAGGGUCAGACCGUCGUAUACCCUACCGGACACAACCGUGUGCACAACGGGCGACGAGAGAGUGAUAAGCUCAUCAUCAAAGGUGGGAAAAUUGUAAAUGACGACCAGUCGUUUUAUGCCGACAUUUUUAUUGAAGAUGGGACCAUUAAGCAGAUUGGAGAGAACCUCAUUGUACCUGGAGGUGUAAAGACAGUGGAUGCGUAUGGGCACAUUGUGAUCCCUGGGGGCAUCGAUGUUAACACCUGUCUGCAGGCCCCUCACCUGGGCAUGACCCCAGCAGAUGACUUCUACCAUGGAACGCGUGCUGCUCUGGCUGGAGGAACCACCAUGAUCAUUGACCAUGUCGUGCCUGAACCGGGAUCUAGUUUACUGGCAGCUUAUGAAACGUGGAGGGAUUCGGCAGAUAAGAGGUCGUGCUGUGACUACUCUCUUCACAUUGACAUCACACGUUGGCAUGAUGGUCUAUUUGAGGAACUGGAGACUCUGGUCAAAGAUAAAGGGGUAAACUCCUUCCUCAUCUUCAUGACUUAUAAGGACAAGUAUCAGAGCUCUGAUGCGCAGAUCUAUGAGAUGUUUAGUGCUAUGAGAGACCUGGGGGCCAUAGCACAGGUUCAUGCUGAAAAUGGUGACAUCAUUGAGGAGGAACAGAAGAAGCUUUUGGAUGUGGGAAUCACCGGGCCAGAGGGACACGUACUGAGCCACUCAGAGGAGGUGGAGUCUGAGGCUGUGUAUCGAGCCAUUACGAUUGCAAAACAGGCCAACUGCCCCCUCUACAUCACCAAAGUGAUGAGCAAACCAGCUGCUGAUGUCAUCGCCAAGGCCAGGAAGAAAGGCAUGGUCAUCUACGGGGAACCAAUCGCAGCCAGCCUCGGCACAGAUGGAUCACAUUAUUGGAGCAAAGACUGGGCCAAAGCAGCCGCAUUUGUCAUGUCCCCGCCCCUUAACCCUGACACGAGCACUCCAGAAUACCUCAGUUCACUACUGUCCUGUGGGGAUCUUCAAGUAACAGCCAGUGCCCAUUGCACCUUCUCCACGGCACAGAAAGCUGUCGGAAAGGACAACUUCACUCUCAUUCCAGAGGGCACCAACGGCAUUGAGGAACGGAUGAGCAUCGUCUGGGACAAAGCUGUGGCAACAGGUAAAAUGGACGAGAAUGAUUUUGUUGCAGUAACCAGCACAAACGCUGCAAAAAUCUUCAACCUGUACCCCCGGAAAGGCCGAAUCGCUGUUGGAUCUGAUGCCGACAUCGUCAUCUGGAACACAAAGGAGACGAAAGUCUUCUCUGCCAAAUCUCACAAUCUGACAGUGGAGAUGAAUAUUUUUGAAGGCAUGGAGUGCCGAGGGUUCCCUGUAGUGGUCAUCAGUCAAGGCAAGAUUGUUCUAGAAGAUGGGACACUGAAUGUGACAGACGUUUCAGGGCGUUUCGUCCCAAGAAAAGCCUUUCCUGACUAUGUCUACAAGAGAAUCAAAGCCAGAGGCAGGAUGGCUGAUGCUCGUGGUGUUCCCAGGGGAAAUUAUGAUGGCCCCGUCCAUGAUGUCAUGAGUAUGACCAAAUCUGUACCAGCCACUCCAACCACGUGGGGUCCUGGAAAGAUCCCACUUGGACCAUCCAGAAAUUUGCACCAGUCUGGGUUUACUCUAUCUGGCACUCAAAUGGAUGACCACAUCCCAAGGCGUACGGCACAAAAGAUUGUAGCGCCACCUGGAGGCCGUUCCAAUAUCACAUCCCUCUCAUGAGCUUCAUCCAGCAGAGGAUCCGGGCCAAGCAGCAACAAAUCAGUCUCCUUCAGCUUCCAAUUUAUAGUACCGAAUCAUGCUAAUAUUUACCCUAAUAACUCCAUAUACUCGCCAUGACCACUGCCAACCAAUAAAACUAAAUAUAGCUUUCCAUAAUCUCUGUAUAAUCAACCUGCCUCGUUCUUCUCUGGUCAGACUCACUCAUAAUGUAGCAUGUUCUAUUGAUCAGAGUCACACAGACUGCAUUCUGCUGUAGUGUAGCAUGGAUGGCGUACAGACGGCUAGUGAUCGUUGUGUUUGUGAAGUUGAACUACUGAAUGGAUCUCAUUGUAUUACUGCCUUUAAACCAGUGCUUUCCUCAUGCUGACGUUUAGAUUCUGUAAUCUGUCAUUUCUGCACCACUAGCGUCAUCAGUAGGAAUUGGAGAAAGCUAUCCAUUAGCAUUUCAAACAUAGCAAUUAUACACUUUAUUGCUCUGUCAUUGUUGUGUUUUGAAGGAAAAUCAAGAACUUCCAAAUUAAGGUCUUAGUGCUAAAUUAUUAAGAGAGUAAUUGUUAGGUUUAUCUAUGUUGUCUAUGUCGAAAGAAACAAAAAGGACUGUAGACCAAUGCUUAUAAGUGCAUUCAUAAGUUACAGUUACAGUAAGGUAUCAUUGUGCUAAUAUUAAUCACUUUGCAUUGGAAUGCAUUUAGCCAUUUUUGUAUGUUUCUACAAAAAAUUUUGGUGCUCUCAAUAUGCAGAUUAAAACACAUGUCUAUGUGUUACUGUGAGAAACAGUCUUUUUUGAACCCAGACAAACAUUUGUAAUUCUUUUGAGAUAAGACCUUGUUUAUAUUCCUGUAACGUGUUUAAUUACAAACAGGCUUUUGUAGUCUUAACCGGUAUUUGCUGGGAACCUUCUCCAUAUUAGAUGUCAUGUAAUUUUUGUGAGAUAUUUCAAAGGUCAGGUGAGAGAAAACUGUUCCUUGAUUGUCUUUUCUAACUUGUUCAUUCUGUAAAUAUUAUUAUUAUUAUUUGUGUAUGGUUUGCAUGUCGUCAAUAAUAAAA